ACUUUUUCUCUCUGGAUGUUUUUAUUGAUUUUAGAUGUGGUACAAGUGACACCUGAAGAUGAUGUUGUUCUGCCAUGUCAGGUUGGAAAUGUCUAUAUCAGAGCUGUAGAGUGGAUCAGACCUGACCUGGAGCCAGAGUACGUCCUCUUCUACAGAAGUCGAAACUCAGUUCCAACCCACCAGCAUCCAUCCUUUAAGGACCGGGUGCAGCUGGUGGACAGAGAGCUGAAGGACGGAGACGUGUCUUUAAUUCUGAAGAACGUGAACAGCAACGAUGCUGGAACAUACGAGUGCCGAGUUGCAGCAGGUGAUUCAAGACGUAAUAAGAGAUCCAAUAUUAAAGCUCAGCCAAUCAGAAUCUACCAGCUGGAGGUUUCAGGGUCCAACAGCGGAGACGUCGAGGUGGGAAACUACGGUCUUUACUACGGACUGGGAGCAGCUUUUGUUCUGGUUUGUUUAGCUGCUGCUGUUGGAUUGGUUGUUGGCUGGAUAUAUAAGAGACAUGUGGACCAGAAAUCAGGACCAUCCACGGCUGAUCAGCUCAUCUGACUUGUCACAGACUCUGGUGUGUGUGGGUGUAAAUCUAACAUUUGAGGAUCCCCAAACAAAUAUUUUCCCCCUUCAUGGAUUGAUGAAACACAGGGAAUGAACACCUGCAUCCUGACUGAAAGUCCAGUUUCUGGCCUGCCCGUUGACCCAAACCCCCUCAGACAUUUCUGUUAAAUAUCCUACAUGUAGCUUUGCCGUUAAGUACUGACUCUACAGGCCUUUCCCCCGUGAGUUAAACUCUGACACAAAGGGGAUUCCCAGUGUGUUACAAACUGACACCAAGGGUCCUUCAUCAUGCAUCCAUAUGUGAAGACUUGAGAGUGGCCUGGGUGGUGGGUUCCUAUAUGAAACAAAAAGUCAACAUUGUUUUAGCAAAAUCAUGUAGGUUAUGUAAGUUAAGUAUGUAAGUUAAGUCACAUAAGUAACAUAGUUAUUUUACCCAAACAAGAGAGUACCAAAUCGACCAGGUAAAGCAACACUGAACACACCUGGUUUAGUAUGAAAAUAAUAUCCAUCCAACUAUUAACUAUACCCACUUAUGUUUUACAGGGAAGUGUAAAAUGCCAUAGGCUUAAGCUAAUUAUGGUGACUAGCAAGCUAUAGCAGUUAUAACCCCUAUCAUUAGGCUCAAUCUAAAGUUUACCUGUAACAGUCUGUGCUUUUAUGGAGGGGCAGGAGCCACCCCUGUAAAGAAAAAACGAGUGUCAUUAUGAAACAGCUUGCAGCAGAAUGUUUAUCCCCCAUCAACUCGUUUGUAAAAAAAAUCAUUAACAUAACAUGUUGGAAGCUUUUACCUAAUAUCUUUUUUAAAAAUAUAUUUAUUACUGUGUGUGAAGUAGCUAUGUAGGAAGAAAGGUAGGUAAUUGGUCAGACAGGUAUGAUCCCAGGCAGAUAUAUAGGGUGACAGUCAGUCAACUCAGUGGUAAAAUCGAAGCAGUGCAGAGAUUUACCUUUUUCCAGGCUACCAUCUUCACAGUCAUCCAUCACGUUACAGAAAGCUGUGUGACAAUUUGUUGGUGCACAUCAACAUUUGUACCGACUAAAGGUGUUUAUUUGUCCACGGCAGGCCUGUUUUUACUUAUUGAUAGUGUGAUGCAUUUUGUUGACUUUCUGUGCUUUGUCAACUUCCAUCAGUAUUUUCAGCAUAUUUCAGAGAUUUUUAAUGUAAACUUUGUUUACUCUCUUUUACGCAUUCAUCCCUAUAGGCAGUUCCACAAUGGAACAAUAUCACCCCAGGGUAACGUUUAGAAAAACAAACCUGUGUAAAGAGUUUAUUUUUUAUAUUUUCAGAUUUAAUUUUAAACUGCUAAAGCCAUUGAACAUUUUCAUUGAGUAUUUUAAUAUAUUUUAUUAAAACUUUAAAUAAAGAUUUUUUCAUUCUG